UCAAUAUUCACUUGAAGAAGAAAACAAAUUCCCAUACGAAAAAUAAAAUUAUUUUAUCAAUCAUUAAUUUUUAUUUUUCAGUUUUAGCCGAAAAAAAAAAACCAUGAAUGAAUCUGAUUAUACAUACAGUUCAAUCCCAAACGAUGUAGCUCUCAAAAUUGCUUCUUCCCUUGCGGUGACUGAUCUUUCCUGCUUGAGUUGUUGUUCUCGGGUCUGGAGGGAUUUAUGGGGCUCCGAUUGUUUAUGGGAACCCUUAUUUAAACAAAGAUGGCCUCUUUUAUAUGAAGAUGUCUUGAAAGACCCCGACUUCAAGGGUUGCAGGGGAUUUUACAUAAAGCAGCACAAGGAGAUGAAGGAUCAAGCUGAUUCGGUUAUUAAAUUUGUAGAAAAAUGUUUGCAAUCCGAAUCAAUCCAGGUCAAUGACUAUCUGAAAGCGAUUGAAUGCCUGAAAUUGAUGGGGUUCGGGUUUAAAGAUGUUCAAAUGUUGCUGCUCAAACCAAAGCUGAAUGUUUUGCUCAACCUGGUUGGACUUCAUUACUGCCUUAACAUCCUUAAAGUGCCGGCUUCGGAUGUCAUGGAAGCGCUCAAUAGUAGCAACAUUAAAAACCGCCAAAUUUGUAUCAAAUGGUGGAAGCUCGGCAGAUGGUUCUAUGGAUUUCGUAUGCGGGAUGAAUUCCAUUUCCGAUGUCUCUCUCUAGAAGAUCUUGCAUCGUCGAAAGACGAUGAAGACGUCCUGGGGGUGCUUCAACGAGGAGCCAUUCAUGAGGUUUUACAAGUUCAGAUAUCCAUUGUUAGUUCCAGAAGCAAUGCCUGGGCCUAAUUAAAGCUUGCAAUCACCAGUUUAAACAAUGGGGAGAAUAAGGUAAAAGAAUCAUAGAGGUCUUUGUACUAAGAGUCAGAUUGCAAUUUGUCCCUUUUACUCAACAAAUCGGCAAAUUAAUCACUGUACGUUAGAUUAAAAAGUAAAUUGAUCCUUCUGAUAAAAAUUCAAUCCAUUUUACAGUUAAAAAUUGAUCUUUGUACGACUGUAUAAGGUACAAGGGGCAUGUCACUGUUUGAUUAUUUUUCAGCGAUACCAGUUUUUAACAGUAGAAAUGAAUGAAAAUUUUAAUAAAAAUGACUAAUUUGCUAUUUGAUAUAGUGUACAAGGACGAAUUUAUUUUUUUUUUGAGUAAAGGGGGCAAAAUGCAAUCUGACACUUGGUAUAGGAACUCCAUGGUAUUUUUACAGGCAAAACAAUGAAUAAAUGAUCCGCAGAUGUACAGUGUUUGUGUAAGUUAAUAUUUAUAUAGAUCUAUUGCAGACUAAUAUAUAACUUUCUUUAUCAAUUUUAUUUGCAAUUAUUUGAUCUUUUA